AAAUCUUUCAAGAAGCAAUCCAGGAUGGAUCUUAGUGAAUAUCUUAUAUGCAUCGUGUGUAGAGAAAUAAAGGAUAAACCUCUAGUAUCACAAUGCUGUAACAGAAUUUUUUGUUCAGAUUGUGUCCAAAGACUAAAAAAGAAGAAACUUCGUGGCGGUGCCAUAAGUGAAGAUACUUUCAAUUUUCACUAUCCAUUCGCAAGAAGACUUUGCAGACCGAGCUCACUGAAAUUCGGCAAUUCUCUUGGCAAUCCUCCCGAUUCGGAUUCCUCCGAUGUUUUUAAAAUCUCAAUAUUAACUUUAAAAGAUAAAAGAAUCACUAUCGAUGUUAAUAAAAACUAUAGAGUCAGAGACGUCAAGAAAAAGAUCCGAGAAAUAGAAGGUUUUGAACCUCGAUUGAUUCAUCUUGGUAAACAAUUAGAAGAUUAUCGUUACAUUUCAUAUUACAAUAUCAAGAAAGAUAGUGUUGUACAUCUUGUGAAGCGAUAUAAUG